AUGAACAUCAAUGAUUUUGUAAUACUCCCAGGCUCAAAAACUGGAACCUCUGUGAGAUUAAAAGCCAAAACUGUUAGAGAAUUGCAGCUGGAGAAAGUGCAGUUACAAACAGAAAAUGAAGAGAUGGAGAAGAGGUUACAACAACUCAAGUCAAACAUGAGCAGAGAAAAAGAAGAGAGGAAGGCAUCAAGUGCUUAUCACUGGAAAUCUGGACAGACAAGACCAAUGACCACUCAAGCUCAAGUUUUGUCACAAAGAAGAGAAAACAAUAACAAGGUCUCUUCAGGAAAAGUGAAGUUGCAAAUACUCAAAGAACAGAUUCAAGAGCCAGUGAAAGAACGAAUUAGGCAUGAGGUGGCAAAUGCUGUAGCUCAUGAAAAAUCUCAAGGGAAGAGGAUAGCACCUGGAAUACAUGAAAUAAAGAGUGCACUGCUGCAGACAGAAGCCAAUAGGCAUGUUGGAAACCUGGAAAUCCUUGAUCACUUCAGCACGGAAGGGAAUCUGAAUGGACCGAAAAUUAAUUGUGAGCAGAAGAAAGUAAAGGUCACACCAGACAAGUUUUCAUCUCUGCUAAUGUCAGCAGGCAGUGCUGAGGAACCACCUUCAGAAUCAACCUGCCCAAGCCUUGAAAAUCAGGAGAAAGGAUUAUUACUAAAUGGUACAUUUAAUGAGGAGGAAUCUGCAAGGUCUUUUCAGGAAGCUUUGCUUCAGUGGAGAAAAGGUAAUCGUGAUGACAGAGAACAUCCACGUGCCAGUGAGGUCCUAUCAGAGUCUGUGGGAAUUUCUGAGGUACAGACGAAUCCUACUGUUACAAAGGAACCAAUCCAGAUUGAAUUCAAGAAGGAUGGCCUGAGCUACAUGGAGAAACUCUUGCUUAAGAAAUACAGAAGAACUCCUGUUGAUCAAAUUUCUGGCAGUUGCAUUAAAGAUGUAAGACCUGUGCAAACAGUGAGUGUCCAUCAGGCUGUGACUGGAGGAGGGGAAGGAGAAGAUGAUGAUGAUGAUGUCAAUGAUUUAACAGCUGAAGAGGUGAAGAGAUACUGGACAUCUGUUUUUAGAAAGGGAACACCCAAUACUGUUUCUGAAAGACCAGAGUCCUCUUUGCAAAUUGAGUUCCUCGAUGAUUCUUAUGGCAAUGACUUGGAAGAAUCAUCUGACAUCUCGGUGAGAAAUCAUUGUGUACUAAGGCAGCUGAAGCGUUCCCUGUGGAGGUUUCAGAAAAUUAACACUUCUGAAAUGAGCCAAGUGGCGUCUUCUGCUAACCCUAAUACCGAGUCUCGGGCUCUCCGGGAUCCUUCGGCUCCCACGGCCGAGCCAUGCUGGCGGCCUGUGCAGUGUGUGCCCGCACCGCUGGACAGCGGAGCCCUCCCCCAAGAGCAGCCGCGGCGGGACGCGGAGGCGCCGCGCGGCUCCGUCCGGCUCUAUAGCGCACUUUAA